UCGCGCGGCCGGCGCUCGACGCGCGCUGCCUGGCGCCGCCCGGGCCGCCGCCGCCAUGGCCACGGAGGACGAGAUCAUCCGCAUCGCCAAGAAGAUGGACAAGAUGGUGCAGAAGAAGAACGCGGCUGGAGCUCUUGAUUUGUUGAAGGAGCUUAAGAAUAUUCCCAUGACCCUUGAGUUGUUACAGUCUACCAGAAUUGGAAUGUCAGUGAAUGCAAUACGCAAGCAAAGCACAGAUGAAGAAGUUACAUCUUUAGCAAAAUCUCUCAUCAAGUCUUGGAAGAAGCUAUUAGAUGGACCUUCAACUGAUAAAGAUUCUGAAGAAAAGAAAAAGGAGCCUGCAUCUUCCUCACAAAACAGCCCGGAAGCCAGAGAAGAAAGCAGUUCAAGUAGCAAUUCCAGCAGCAGGAAGGAGGAGGGUAGUGCUCCCUCAAAUUCUUUCAUCCCUUCUUUUCCCCGGGCUCCAAGCACUUCAGACUCUGUACGAGUUAAAUGUAGAGAAAUGCUCUCUGCAGCUCUCAGAACAGGAGAUGAUUACGUUGCCAUUGGUGCUGAUGAAGAAGAGCUGGGUUCUCAGAUUGAAGAAGCUAUUUUUCAAGAAUUAAAGAACACUGAUAUGAAAUACAAAAAUAGGGUACGAAGUAGGAUAGCAAAUCUCAAGGAUGCAAAGAACCCUAACCUAAGGAAAAAUGUAUUAUGUGGAAACAUUCCUCCUGACAAGUUUGCCAAAAUGACAGCAGAGGAAAUGGCAAGUGAUGAGCUGAAAGAAAUGCGCAAAAAUCUGACCAAAGAAGCUAUCAGAGAGCACCAGAUGGCRAAAACAGGAGGUACCCAAACUGAUCUGUUUACAUGUGGCAAGUGCAAAAAGAAGAACUGUACAUACACCCAGGUUCAAACCCGCAGUGCUGAUGAACCCAUGACUACAUUUGUUGUCUGUAAUGAAUGUGGAAACAGAUGGAAGUUCUGUUAGAAGAAGAAAUUUUCAAGACAUCUGGACCAGUAUGAAAGAGGAUUUUGUAAUUAGCUUUAAAAACUAGGCUAAGCAUUUAGCUUUCUGCAAAUGAGAGGGUUUUUGGUUUUUCUUUUCUUUCUAUUUCAAAGCAGCAUACAAUGCCUCAAGUUAGCCUAUGUUUUGACACAAUCAUCAUUUCCUUAAAUGCCUUCCUAUAGCUGGUAGUCAGUAGGGCCAGGUUGCUUAAUUGUAUGGUGAAUUUUAAARUAUUUUUUCAUUUUUAUAAGUAAGUUGACAUUAAACUUUUACCAGUUAAA